AGGGGCAAAAUGUAGUUUAAAAACAGGACGACAGAUGAGAAAAAAAAUUUCAAACUACGUAUUUUCGGCAGAUUAUCUUUGCGGUCUUUCUCAAAACCAUAUGAAAAUGUUCAAGGACUAUUCAGCUCUAUUGAUUUAAACAGAGGCUACAACAGUUGGGCUCCCACCCUCUCAAGAAAUCACUCGUCAUUUCAUACGCCUGGAACAUUAUGAUUUGAUAAAGGAAAAGAAGCUUUGUAUCUAGCAAUGGGGAUUCCCGGACUAACAAGUUAUAUCAACUCAAUCGGAACGCUUUGGACACAGAUCGAUCUUAAAAAUACAAAACUUAUUAUCGAUGGAUCUUGUCUGUGCCAUUAUCUUUACUAUAGCAAUGGCUUAGACUGCCGAUGUGGUGGUCAGUACCAAGAAUAUUAUGAUGCUGUAGUUUCGUUUUUCGAUGCUCUGGUUUCGAACGGCGUGGAGGCCUAUGUUGUAUUCGAUGGAGCACAUGAUCCCAGCGACAAGAAGUUGGAGACACUUAAAGCCCGAGCAAAGGAGAGGGUUCAAACAUCAAAUGCUUUGUCGAAAUCCGCUGAUGAUCGUUUGUUCUUACUUCCGCUUUUGGCAAGGCACGUGUUCUUGGAGGCACUCAGGAAUCGCGGCGUAAAAUUCGUUUCCAGUGAUAGCGAAGCCGACACAGAAAUUGCCUCGUUGGCUUAUGUGUGGAAUUGCCCAGUUCUUAGCAAUGACAGUGACUUCUUUAUCUUUGACAUCAAAGCUGGGUACGUUCCUCUUGCUUUCUUUACCUGGAAUUCCAGUUGUUUGACAGUGAGGGUCUUCCAUCGGCAAAAACUGGCGUCGCACUUCCGAAUUCGUGCAGAAUUAAUUCCCUUGUUGGCUUCGUUGGCAGGAAAUGACUACGUGAGUUGUGAUUUAUUAGUUGAGUUUAACCGUGCGUUGAAUGGUUUUCAGACUUCCAACCAUUUUAGUAAAAAAGGAGCUCGAUUUGAAAGCAUUGCGAACAUGCUAUCCAAACUUCCUGACUCAAACGAGGAAGAGGCUUUGAAAUGUGCCCUGAAAAUGGUGAAGUCAGCUGAAAACAGAGAACAACUUAGAGAAGCUGUUGAACUUUCUCUACAGGAAUACACACUUUCAGAGUCGAAUCUACUGGGCUAUUUCCAAGACGACUUAGUCUCUAGCUCCCUAAGAACGCAGAGUAAUCGCGAGAUCAACCAGUGGGUCUUGCACAGGUUCCGAGAUGGAAAGUUUUCCUCCAAAUGCAUCAGCAGCUUGACAUCGGGGAAACUGUUCAUGGGAAUUCCCGUUGAGAAUUGUAGAGAAAUAUCGGCGAACUGUUGCUCUAAGUGGCUAAGGAGAUUCGUGUAUGCAAUUUUGAACGAUGCUGAAACAAAAGCAGAAGAAGGAAAUAUAAAGGUGAUCCAAGAAUGGGACAGAGUGGGCUUAAGUGUCCAACAAUCAAUUGUAAAACCCUACCAAGAAGGCGUGGUCCCUUCUUUGAGCCUAAUCCCGUACCUCGAUCUCGGAGAGCGUGUAAAUUUUUUGUUGUUUGCACUCGAUUCGGACACCACAGAUGUUAGAUCCUUGGGUAAAAGGUUUAUUUUGAUUGCCGCAUCACUUCGUUACCUCAUAAAAAACGCGCAACCAUCCUUGGAUACAAACCAUCUGAUCGCUUUACUGUGUUGUUGUGUUAACAUGGAGAAUGACGAGUUCCACAAAGGUGAAGAAAACACUGUAAGCCCUAAACGCUCCUCAUGGCCGUUUGACAUACGAGCGGCGCAAAGCUUUGCUCAGUGGCAGUGUGUUCUGAGAGACGCAAUUCAUCUAAAUUUUAAUUUGCUUGAGCCUGUACCUGUACCAUUUAUUCAUAAGACAUUCAAUGGAAGAAUGGCACAAAAACUGCUUGAAAGUUUGCAACGUGGUCGACAACCAGAGCAGCUUCUUCCAGGUUUCAAGCUGUUUCGCUUGUUUCAUAGGCUUCGUCUUGCGGUAACCAGUGGCCUUUUAGAAAAGAUGGUGAGUGUAAAGAACCACGGAGACAAGAAGAGAGUGAGGAAGACUUCUAAGCAAAAUGCCGCGUCGAGAGAAACAUCAUCUGCUGACGAAAUGCCAGGAAAUCGUUUUUCUGUUCUGUGCAAUGUUGAAGUUCAACGGUGAGAAGGGGAAGUUCCAUUAACGAACGAGAACAGUGUCGACGGUUUCUAGGAAACAUGUUGCCAGGCAACGCGAGUAAUCUGCUGACGUUACUUCUAGUUGAUGUGACUACAUGUCAGAAUUGCUUGAUAUACUGCAAAGAUCGCUUCGCUCUUUCAAUGAAAAUUACCCAUGCUGUUUUCUACUUUUUAGAUUGUGUACAAGGUAACCAAUUGUUGAUCUCAUUUUUUAAUGUUCAGGAAGAAAAUAGUAUGUGAAUCAUGCUUCACGUCGAAUGAUAACUUGUAGGCAAUUCUCAUUCAUAAAUAUGCCGCAGAAUUCCGGCGGAAGCUAGUAACGUAACGUCAAGCUAAGUUUCCAGGUGCCAUAUCUCAACUCCAAAGAGCGCAAAAGAUGCUUCUAAGUUUGGAAUAACAAUUUUCAAAAGAAAGAUAUUAAUUUUUUGCUUAUUGAACUAAACAAACCUGUUAAAUUCUAGUGGAGACUGGCUGCUUAUCUUCCUACAAGUAAUCCGGCAAAACAUCAAACGAACUUCCGGCAGAAUUCGAAAUCUCCUGACUGAGCAAUAAUUCUUCAGACUCAGUGAAUAUUGUUAAAUAAUCUCCCGGCUCGAAUUCGUCUUGAGGAUUAUUUAACAAUAUUUACUUCACCUUCGGCGAAUAUUUGUUAAGUAAACCCUUUCACGAAUACCUCUAGCUUAAAUAAAGUUUUAGAAGUACCUAA